CAGUCGCUGAGGGAAAUGGCAUACAUUCAGAGGAAGCCAUGUAUAGAGAGUCCUUCACCCUGAUGCUUGGAUAGGUUCUACCACCCUUUUUAAAAAAGUUACAGAUGCAAGUGGACUUGCAUCUCACCACUGAUGUUCUCAGCCUGGACCGUUCCUCGGACAUAACUUCACAUGCUAUUUCCACUGCAAGACACUAACCUGCAGCACAGCGAGGAGAUGGUAACAGGUCUGCAGAGACCAUAUAUCAGAACUGUAUCAGCCACUCUGUCAUCACAGAAGUCUUGUACUGCAUAGCUUCUCUCAGUCAUAUCAAAUGACUCAGUGGUAUCAGCUACAGCAACUUGAUUCCAAGUUUUUGGAGCAAGUUCACCAGCUAUACGAUGACAGCUUUCCUAUGGAGAUCAGGCAGUACCUGGCACAGUGGCUGGAAAACCAGGACUGGGAACAUGCAGCCAACAACAUAUCUUUUGCUACGGUGUUAUUCCAUGACCUGCUGUCACAGCUUGAUGAUCAAUUCAGUAGAUUCUUGAUAGAAAACAACUUUUUGCUGCAACACAACAUAAGGAAAAGCAAACGAAAUCUUCAGGAUAACUUCCAAGAAGACCCAAUACAUAUGGCAAUGAUCAUCUACAACUGCCUGAAAGAAGAGAGGAAAAUACUGAACAGUGCCCAGCUGUCAAAUCAGAUGGAAGUAGGGAGCUUACAGAACACCAUGAUCGGGAUGCUGGACAAGCAGAAAGAGCUUGAUGCAAAAGUUAAGGCUGUAAAAAACAGCGUUAUCGACGUGGAGCAAGACAUCAAGACAUUAGAAGAUAUGCAAGAUGAAUAUGACUUUAAAUGUAAAACCUUGCAGAACAGAGAGCAUGAGUCCAACAGCGCGUCACAAGAGGAAUAUAAGAAAGAACAGAUGAAUCUCAACAAGAUGUUUUUAUCACUUGACCUCAAGAGAAAGGAAGUGGUGAACAAGAUAGUACAGCUGCUGAACACCACAGAGCACACACAGAGUGCUCUUAUUAAUGAGGAGCUGGUGGAGUGGAAACACAGGCAACAGACUGCAUGCAUUGGUGGCCCACCCAAUGCCUGUCUUGAUCAGCUGCAGAACUGGUUCACCAUUGUUGCUGAAAGUCUACAGCAAGUUCGUCAGCAGCUCAAAAAGCUUGAGGAACUGGAACAGAAAUUUACCUACGACCCUGAUCCCAUCACAAAAAAUAAACAAGUUCUGCAGGACCGAACACACAGUCUUUUCAAACAACUCAUCCAGAGCUCCUUUGUGGUAGAGAGGCAGCCUUGCAUGCCAACACAUCCUCAGAGGCCAUUAGUCCUGAAGACAGGAGUACAGUUUACUGUAAAGCUGAGAUUGCUGGUGAAAUUGCAGGAAUUGAACUACAACUUGAAAGUGAAAGUGUUAUUUGAUAAAGAUGUAAGUGAGAAGAACUCAGUCAAAGGGUUCAGGAAAUUUAAUAUUUUGGGAACAAACACAAAAGUAAUGAAUAUGGAGGAAUCUACUAAUGGAAGUCUAGCAGCAGAAUUCAGGCACUUGCAACUCAAAGAACAGAAAAAUGCAGGAAGCAGAACCAAUGAGGGUCCUCUCAUUGUAACAGAAGAACUGCACUCUCUGAGUUUUGAGACACAGCUCUGCCAGCCUGGCUUGGUAAUAGACCUAGAGACCACAUCCCUUCCCAUUGUUGUGAUCUCAAAUGUGAGCCAGCUUCCAAGUGGAUGGGCUUCUAUCUUAUGGUUCAACAUGCUGUCUACUGAUCUAAAGAACUUAUCCUUCUUUCUGAAUCCACCUUGUGCAAAGUGGUCUAAACUUUCUGAAGUUCUGAGUUGGCAGUUUUCUUCUGUAACAAAGAGAGGACUUAAUGCUGAUCAGCUGAGCAUGCUGGGAGAGAAGCUACUUGGGCCAACAAGUGGAGGAUCUCACGAUGGGCUCAUUCCUUGGACAAGAUUCUGCAAGGAAAAUAUAAAUGAUAAAAACUUCCCUUUUUGGCUGUGGAUUGAAGGAAUCCUGGAGCUUAUUAAGAAACACCUCCUGUGUCUCUGGAAUGAUGGCUGCAUCAUGGGUUUCAUCAGUAAAGAGAAAGAACGUGCUUUAUUGAAGGACCAGAGUCCAGGAACAUUUUUACUAAGAUUCAGUGAAAGCAGCAGAGAGGGAGCCAUCACAUUUACUUGGGUGGAAGGAUCUCAGAAUGAGCCCCAGUUUCAUUCGGUAGAGCCGUAUACCAAGAAGGAGCUCUCUGCUGUUACUUUCCCUGAUAUCAUUCGCAACUACAAAGUGAUGGCAGCUGAAAACAUUCCUGAAAAUCCACUGAGAUUUCUGUACCCCGAUAUACCCAAAGACAAUGCCUUUGGCAAAUACUACUCCAGGCCUAAGGAGGCACCAGAGCCUAUGGAUUUGGAUGGUCCCAAAGGAAAUGGCUACAUCAAGACUGAGUUAAUCUCUGUAUCUGAAGUCCACCCUUCCAGGCUCCAGUCUCCAGAAAAUCUGCUCCCCAUGUCUCCUGAAGACUUUGAUCAGGUGUCUUGGAUGGUGGGCCCAUCAGAGAUUGACACUGUGAUGUGCUCAGCAUAUUCAACUUAAAGGUUGAACUUUUUACUGCAUCAACACAGCUGAUUAGCUUAUGCGUCCCGCUCUGCAGUCAAUGACUUGGUGACAUGCUUCACUCCAAUUCUUUGGUCUCUCAGCCUGAAGGUCCAGUCGCAAUUUUUAAUUAAUGGGAAUAUAAACAGCAGUCUGGGUAGCCUCCUUACAUGCGCUUUUUUGUUUAGAAGUUCUUUGUUAAAGAAUUUCCAGUGAGCAGGAUACUGUACCAGAGCAGAGGAAGAAAGCAGGAUAGGAAUGAGAGGUCCUCAGCAAGCGAUGGGAGAAACAUGCAUGUUUUUUUUUGUUUAAGGGAAUUAGUUAAAGUUUAAAACAGUUGGCUGUACACAGAAGGCUUCAAAGGAAAGCUAGUUCUUUUGCAGAGGUUCUGUUCAGAAAGCUGGUACCUUCUGUGUAACUGCUUCUGAAGAACUUUCACAGCUCUGAAUUCUCAUCUGCAUCACAGAAAGAAGACAAACACUCUGCAGGUAUAUGCCACACUGAAUCCAUGCGCUGCUGAAGUUUGCUGGUUUUAUCUUUUCUAAGGGCAUGGCAUACUGAGAGAACAUAAGCCAGAAAUGUUAUCUGCAUUUCAUUUUUGCUUGUUUCUUAAGGCAAGGUCUUCUUGCAUAGGGCAUUUGGCAUGAUCUUUCUCAUAAAGAGCGCUGCUUAGGACACCACCUUAAAGCUGCAUUGGCAUGUGCUGAGUUUGCCACUCCACGUGUACAAUCAAGACUAUUCCUCUACAGGCUGGAAUCAUGCUGUCCAGCAGCAGCAUUGGACAAAACGAGAACCUACUCUUAAAAAGUACAAAAGCAAUUGGAGUAUGUUUUUACUUACUGUGCUUAAUCUAGCGAGGUGAGGACCUGGUCACUUGUAUCUUCUACAAUAACACAUGCCCCAUUUAGGUUAUAACAGGUGAAUUGGAACCUAGUUUUCUCAUGCACCAUAAACCAGAGCUUUAUUUAACUGUUGAUUUGAAUAGCUAUAAGACCCUACAGGCUUUGAUAAUGAACUGUUUUUGCCAUUAGGGAUGAGGCACAGGGAAGUGAAGAAGUUAAAUUUAUACUGAGUAAAGGCUGCAUGACAUGCAAUCGCUAGUACUUAAAGGCUGAAGUUGUGCUUCCACCAGAGGAGAACAGGUUUGUUUCUCUGCAUGUUUGAAGAUAAGUAACAACUCACAGUUAAGAGGAAAGGUUGUCUUAAGCAGCUGGUCUCUUGGACUAAGGGCGUGGAUUAGUCCAGACUGCUAACUAGCACGCAGCUGAGCAUAGGGGCUGCAGAGCGCUCAUGCUCGCUCCAGAGGUCCCUCCAACCUCAACCCACGUGUGACACAGCUGCUACUGCAGCUUCUCAGCCCACUGCUCUCUCUUCCCAGUGCCUGGGAGGGCAGUGGUGGCCCCUGUGCCUCACAGGGAUCGCAGAGCUACUGCUCUACCGUUCAGCAAUACUAGAUCCAUCAGCCGCUGCUUAGAAAAUAAACGACUGGUUCAGUUUAGUGUGUGGUGCCCAGGAAGACUAAUGUCCCCCCAGCAAAAGCUCUGGAGAAAGAAAAUAUCAAAUACCUAGGGCAUGUAACGUAGGUAUUUAAACAGAAAGCAUUGCUAAACUGACAUUUUUUGCUGCCCUGGAUUACAACAGUUAACAGUGCUACACAGAAUAUCACAAGUGGUGACUUAAUGCUUUUAGCUUGUAACUAGCUGAAUGUAUAUCUUAACUGUAAUACAAAAGUCAAGUAUUUGUUUCUUGAGCUACACCUUGUACUCAUGGUCUAUAUGAAGCAGUUUGUUUUCAUUACUUUUAUACUUCAGUUUUAUUGACCAGGGUGAAAUUUUGUGAGAUCUAAAGCAAUGGCUUUGUCUUCACACAGCCAGAAGUUCUAAAAGCAAUGGGUUUUCUCUCCAGUGGAAUAUUCUUUUACCAUUUUAAAUAUAUGGAACUGUCAGUUGACACUUUUGCUCCUUCGCUUGUUUUCUGGCUACUUCUAUUACAAAGAUGAUGUAUCCGCCAGUAGUUUACUGCGUAUCUCAUUUUAAUUGUUUUGCGCAACUACACAAUUACAGCUCUGAAGCCAAAGGCAACAAAUGCUUUUGCCUCAUUGCCUUGUUGGAGGUCAGUCUGCAAUAGCGGGUUCUUAGAAGGUGGCUGUUAGACAUUUUUUUUUAUUGUUGCUCACAUCAUGUCACUUUUUUUUCUUCCCCAACCAAACUUUAGAAAUUCAAGUUGAGUUUAUUAGUUUGAGUUGAUGGGAUAACCAAUCUAUAGCUAAGCUUUGUGAGCUAUGAAGUGGGCCUACUGGUAUGUGAUUUUUCUCUGGGGCUAUUAAGUGACACAAUCCCUUGCCUCACACAUGUCAGGCUUUUAUUAACCACACAGCCAGAAGAAUAAUAAAAAGGAAAAAAAACUUUUGGUGAGAUGAAGGAUAGCAGGAGUGAAGAGUAGGCAAGAGAAAGCUGGAGCUGUUGAGGGCACUUAGCCAAUCCACUUAAUGCUAGGGUUCUUAACAAAAAGCAGAGCCGUGUCCUUUCACUGGUUAUCAGUGUAGGUUUUAAAAGAAAAA